CAUGUCUCAGACUGCCAAGUCCGCCUCCAGCCAGGGCACCGAUGCCAAGGACAAGGGAGCCCCCGCUCCAGCUGCCUCCAGCAAGGCCACCAAGACCGGCGAGCCCGGCAUGGGAUCCUACAGAAUCAUGCUGUUCGACCAGGAGAACUUCCAGGGCAGGAUGAUGGAGGUCCAGAAUGAGUGUAUGAACGUGUGUGACCGUGGCAUGGAUAGAGUGCGUAGUAUCAUUGUGGAGUGCGGCCCCUUUGUUGCCUUUGAGCAGACUAACUUCCGUGGGGAGAUGUUCAUCCUGGAGAAGGGAGAGUAUCCUCGCUGGGAUACCUGGAGCAACUCCUACCGCAGCGACUGCCUCAUGUCCCUCAGGCCCAUCCGCAUGGACAGCAUGGAGCACAAGAUCUGCCUGUAUGAGCUCUCCGACUUCAAGGGCAACAAGAUGGAGAUCCAGGAGGAUGAUGUGCCCACCCUCUGGGCGCAUGGCUUCUGCGACAGAGUGGGCAGCGUGAGGGUGCCAGGAGGAGCGUGGGUGGGUUACCAGUACCCUGGAUACAGAGGCUACCAGUACCUGUUUGAGUGCGGUGACUACAGACACUACAACGACUUCUGUGCCUUCCAGCCCCAGAUCCAGUCCAUGCGUCGUAUCAGGGACAUGCAGUUCCACCAGAGAGGAUGCUUCACCUUCACCACCACCAGCAAGUGAAUGACACCUGCUGGCCGUCAGGUGCUGUUGUAGCCACGCAGCCCUCUCAGCUUUUUAUUUCUUCAAAUGCCCCCUCACCCCCCCAACCCCCCUAAAUCUCCACCAUCGUCGCUCCAUCACAAAGGAAAGACAGAAUGAGAGCACAUACACCGGACAACCUUAACUGACUUUUUAUGGUGCUAAGAAAUAAACAUGUUGUGAAAAACCUGAAACCUUCCUGUGGCUGGAUCACCUUUAUUCAUUCUGCAGAAAAGAAUCACACUUUUUUAUGAUCUUAAAAACCUCUCUAAAAACCCACAGAACCUCCCUCA